CCUAUGUAUAUUUUUUAACGAAAUAUAUAAUUUAUAUUAGGCUUUCAGUUUUUCUUGUGUUACAAAUUAUUCAUUUUCUAUAAAAAUGGAAGAUUUACACGUGAUACCUAAUGAUAAAUGUCGGAAUGUAAAUGAAUCGAAUUUAGAAACGAAGCCCGGAUUAUUAGUAAUCAAUUCCUAUUUAAAUCAAAUAAAUCCAGAUUUGAAAGAUGUUCAAACUGAAAUUACAGAAAAAAGAGCUAAUGUGUUGCGUGUGGCUAAACAAAGAGAAGCAUUACAAAGAGAACAUCAGAAAGAAUCAAUGUUGGUACGGGAACAAGAACUUAUAUCAAAACAAACAUAGAUUUAUGCACUUUUAAAAGUACUUGGAUAGUUCAUUAUUUUUACAAUGUUUAUCGAUUAAAAUUGACUUUUAAUCUCUGUAUGUUAUGUUUAAAUUGCACAAAAUUAAAUAAUGUACAUCAAAAUAUUAUUUUUAUGUUUAAAAAGUGUA